CGCAGUAUAAUGAAGAUGCAGCGUCUCGAUGCGUCUGCUCAAAUGCGAAUCCGCCACCGCGCGAAGCUACGGCGAGACCAGCCCGACAGCCAAUGAAAUCGAUCCCGCGCCACCAUCUGAAAUCCGCUCUUCUUGCGAAGACAAAGCAGCUGUUCCCGAGUUUGCAGAACCAUGUCGUGAACCACACCGCCCGCAGUAGCUUCGCACCAUCACCCUGCAGGAAAUCCAUCUGUACUUUCAUUGUGGCACAGGUGCUUGCCGGAGCUGACUGGCACAACUAUUCAUAGUCCCGGCCUGGAACGAUAUUUGUUCAUGGCAGCCCCCUUGGCACAGCGGCUCGACACCACACGAUGAACAACAAUAACAAUCAGAAUCUACGACCUCUGCUCCCGGCAACACGGCCUCGUUCUCCCCCACCAUCUGGGCCCAGUUCCAAGAGAAAGCGAGUGUCUGUUGCCUGCAAUGAGUGCCGCCAGAAGAGAAUUGGCUGCGACGGCAGCCGCCCCGUGUGUGCAGCGUGCCACAGGCGCGACAGACGUUGCGUCUAUAUGAACGAAGAAGAUUUGGAGAUGCGCCCAACUGUUCUGAAGCGAGAGAAUAUCGCGCUUCGGGAGAAGCUAGUCGCCCUACAGGAAAUCUUCGAACACCUCCAGAGCCGAACACAGCAUGUCGCACACGACACCGUGCAACGUUUGGGUGCUGGCACUGACCCCUCUGAUGUUCUAAAGGCCCUCCGUGGACAGCUUCCACAAGCGAUUUUGUCAGAGCAAAGCACCGCAAGAGCUAUAUUGCCAGCCGUGUACUCGGACGGUGAACUUGAACUACUUGUCCGACAUCCAAAGACGUAUAGUGCUAUCGAUCUCCCAGUCUUUGCGCAAGAUACUAUGAAAAAUCUGUUUUUUGGCGGCAAAUCGUCAUCUGAACAUAUUUCUCAACUUGAGCUUAGUAAGAACAUCAAGACCUCGUCAGAUCACCCUGCGUAUUUGGACUUGCGGCUUGAGAAGCUGAACAUCGAGUUCUGGACAUCAGUAACUGUCACAAAUGACCAAGCCGCGUCUGCUAUAUCGUUGUACCUCGAAACCCAUCACCCUAUAUGGAGCUUCUUCGAUGCAUCACAGUUCAUCGACGAUCUUGUCGAGUGUAAUACAGACUCCGAUUCGACAUGUUCACCGUUGCUAAUCAGCUCGCUACUCGCAUUCGCCAUGCAAGGCUACUCGUCAAUCGAGCCUGCGGCAGCAGAAUUCAGCCACCAAUUCGAGGCGCAAGCCGAGAAACUUUUCGCCGCUGAAAGAACAGUCGAUACCCUUCCCAGCAUCACAGCCUUGCCACUGCUCUACACCUCUAUUGCAGUUCAUGGAGACGUUCCGAGAGCCAUGCAGUACCUGAUAGCAGCGAAUGAUGCAGCUGAGAGGAUGAAACUAUUUGGCAACCCGGAAACAGCUAAGUCCGGGUCGCCGAAAGCUACAACAGCAACAAGCCAGGCUGCCUGGGGGCUGUUCAACUUUCUCGUACAGAUGGCUCAAUUCCAGGUCGUGUCGCCACUUGAACACCCGCCUACUCUGCCGCUACCUGAGCUGUUGAGAAGAGAUCAGGCACACGAAAACAACUACCAAAACGAGACUGAUAGAAGCAGUCCAGCCCUGAUACAACUUCAGCAGGCCCAGUCGAUCUUCUGCAGGUUCUGGGUCAUCGUCAACGAGAUAUUCCUCAUAUAUCGAGACAGCAAAUUCGGAGCACGAUCUCUAGCUUUCGCUUUGGGUAAAUAUAAGAAGCUCUUGGAAUUGGUAGAUGCGCUGCCCAAGUCGAUGGCAAAGCAGGAGCAAGCGCCGCAUUGGGUUCUCGUUUUCCAUACAUCAGUUCACAUGGUCGUUUUGGACCUGUUUCGCCCAUACAUCGCAGAGACCGAGCAGCACGGCUUCCGAACAUACGUUUCCGAGUCUUCCUCGCCGAGGACCAUCUUCGCUGCGUCAGUUACGCAACUCAAGGGAAUCCUGUUUCUAGUUGCCAUGCAGUACGGGCCGGCAUACUGGCACCUUGCGCUUACUGGUGCUAUGGUCUUUGCAGUGAACGCUGUACUAAAUGACCCCAGAGACAAAGAGAGGAAGAACUACCUGGCCUUCAUCAUCUCCAUGAGCGAGCGACUGCUACCGUCUUAUAUCUACAUGAUAGAGCCUAUUCGUGCGAUAUUGGCGAUCGCCGCAGACAAAAGUGCCAUCACUGGUCAUGAAGCUAUUCUCAUAGAGGCCGAAUCGGCGUCGCUGCAGCGCGCGAAACGAACCGAACGCAGUAAAGGUGGCUGGGUAGUAGCGCCUACAGCUAACGACAAGCUUGCUGGGGAUAUCAACACUCUCACAGAACGAUUCGAAACAAUCACGCUCUUCAGCGAGUUUACCGAAGAUAUCACCUAAAAAACUAACAGCAAUGCUAUUGUUGUUCUCAUUUCAGAA